CUAAAGCUGUAACACAAAACAGUCACCUAAAUCCAUAAGAAUGUUUUCUCUGUUCCUGGAACCUUCCUGGUCAUAAGAUGGGAGUCCUUGCUGUACUUGCUCUUCCAUUGCUUCUCUUAGGGCUCAGUGGGAUCAUUUAUAUUUACCAGACAGUCAGAUGGCUACUGGCCAAGCCAGCUGCACAAAACAAGGUGGUGGUGAUCACAGAUGCCAUCUCUGGACUGGGCAAGGAAUGCUCUCGAGUCUUCCACACAGGAGGAGCAAGGCUGGUGCUGUGUGGCAGGACGUGGGAGAAGCUGGAAGCUUUGUAUGAUGCUUUAAUUAGUGUGGCAGAUCCCAGCAUGACCUAUGCACCAAAGCUCAUUCUUCUGGAUAUCUCAGACAUAAACUGCAUUCGAGAUGUAGCUAAAGAAAUCUUGAACUGCUAUGGCUGUGUGGAUAUCCUGAUCAACAAUGCAAGCAUGAAGGUGAAAGGGGCAGUGCAGAGCAUCUCCUUGGAACUUGAUAAGAAGAUAAUGGAUGCCAACUAUUUUGGACCUAUAACAUUAACCAAAGCCAUUCUUCCCAACAUGAUCUCCAGAAGAACUGGCCAAAUUGUUCUAAUUAAUAGCAUCCAAGGAAAAAUAGGAAUCCCAUUUCGUGCAGCUUAUGCUGCUUCUAAGCAUGCUGCUGUUGGCUUUUUUGACUGCCUGAGAGCUGAAAUGGAAGAGUUCAACAUUUCUGUCAGCACUGUGAAUCCAACCUUCAUCUGCUCCUACCAUCACCCACCCCCAUCUGCCAACUGGGAGGAAUCUAUGUGGAAAUUCUUUUUCAGGAAGGUUUCCUAUGGCGUGCACCCAGUGGAGGUGGCAGAGGAGGUCUUGCACACAGUAAGCAGGAAGAAGCAGGAGGUGCUGAUGGCCAACCCCAUCCCCAGGGUAGCAGUUUACAUUCGAACCUUCUUCCCUGACCUCUUUUUUGCCAUUGUUGCCUCAGGGAUCAGGGAGAAGCUGAAGGCAAAAGAGGAAAAUUAAUUUAGUUUGGUUCUCUUCUCCUGUUUUUGCUCUGCUAAAACCAAGUUUCUGUUUCAAAUGUCAAUGGAUUCUGCUUCUCAGUGUGGGUACAAUAAAG